CUGGAUUCAACCUCCACAUAAUCAACUUCCAGCGAACUCUAAAAAGAAAACAAAACAGAACGAAGCUCUUUAUCUCCCAAGUGCAAGGCCAUGGACCCGGAAGCCGCAUUAGAGCUGGUAAAAAACGGAGUAACGCUUCUCCUUCUUGAUGUUCCUCAGUACACGCUUGUCGGCAUUGAUACCCAGGUGUUCUCUGUGGGGCCUGCUUUCAAGGGCAUCAAAAUGAUUCCUCCUGGAGUUCAUUUCGUCUUCUAUAGUUCAUCCACCAGAGAUGGGAAGGAGUUCUCACCAAUUAUUGGUUUCUUUGUUGAUGCUGGCCCCUCAGAGGUGAUUGUUCGUAAGUGGGAACAACAAGAGGAACGCUUGGUCAAAGUUUUGGAAGACGAGGAAGAGAGAUAUGUCCAAGCAGUUCGAAGUUUGGAGUUCGACAGGCAGCUUGGUCCUUACAAUCUCAGUCAGUAUGGAGAUUGGAAACGAUUAUCUAACUACAUUACAAAGAGCACUAUUGAGCGGCUUGAACCCAUUGGAGGAGAAAUAACAGUCACAUCUGAGUCUGGAAUGGUGAAAAACACUCCAAAAACAUCAAUGGAGAAAGCUCUGGAUGAGCAGUUAAGGGCAAGUAAGUUCUCGACUACUGAUGACAAUUCUCAGAAGAAAGGAUGUUACUACACAUCAAUUCCUCGAGUGAUUAAGCUCAGAGGAAUGCAAGGGGAAGAACUUACAUCUUUGAAUCUUGACAAGACACAAUUAUUAGAGAGCUUACUUAUAAAAGAAUAUGGAGGUUCAGAGGACUCACUUCUUGGGGAGCUGCAGUUUGCUUUUAUAUCAUUUCUGAUGGGGCAGUCACUUGAAGCCUUUCUGCAGUGGAAGUCUUUGGUUAGCCUUUUAUUUGGUUGCACUGAAGCUCCUUUUCAUACCAGGAGCCAGCUAUUUAUAAAGUUCAUUAAAGUCGUAUACUAUCAACUGAAAUAUGGACUUCAGAAAGACCGUAGUGGUACAGAGACAGGAACAUCAGCACUAUUAGAUGAUUCAUGGUUAUCUGCUGAUAGUUUUCUGCACCAUCUUUGCAAGGAUUUCUUCUCGUUGGUACUAGAAGCUUCUGUUGUUGAUGGAGAUCUUCUAUCAUGGACGAGGAAAUUCAAAGAGCUGCUUGAGAACAGUCUAGGGUGGGAGUUUCAGCAGAGCAGUGCAGUUGAUGGAAUAUACUUUGAGGAAAAUGAUGAGUAUGCUCCUGUUGUUGAGAUGUUGGAUGACUCAAGUUAUAAUGAAGCUGCUUCAGUUUAGACAUCAGCGACAGCAUACACUCUUUCCUUAUUGCGAUGAGAGAAACAGUUGUCGGUGGAAGCGCUUCCAGCUUCUCAUUCUCCCUACUCUUAACAUCUCAUAGGUGAUAGCUAGACAGUUGACAUGACUUGAUGUUGAUGAUAUUUCCUCCUGUAAGUCGGCAUGUUAAUUUGCCAAUGGUAGAGGGAAUAGUCCCAAAAUGUGAAUGUAAAUUAAUCAGGCUAGCUGAAUGUGUCAGUGGUGGAUAGGGAUAGUCUCAGAGCUUUCACGUUUAAGUAACAAGAUAAGCUAAAAUCUCUCUCUUGCUGAGGGAGAUUGUUGUACAAUUUGUUUGUAAAUCAAUCUUGUGAUAAUCUUGUUAAUGCCACCCUUUCUAUGUAUAUUUUUGUUCCUUUAUAAGUUAAGCCACACAAUUCUAUAUGAUUUUGACAAUAAUAUU